AUGUCUGAUAAUCCGGUAGAGGGAGGCAUCAAGAUGCAGAGAAUGCUCAAUUCCGACAGGAAUGGCGAAGAGCGAGAAGACAGAUUGAGCUCUCUUCCAACCGCCCUCCUUGUCGAUAUCUUGUCUCUUCUUCCUAUCCACUCGGCCGUUGUCACCGGCAUUUUAUCCCACCGAUGGUGCAAUCUUUGGACUCAAGUCACUUCUGUUCGUAUCGACAAGGACUAUUUCGACGUCACAAAUUAUCGCUUCUUGCCUAACAGUGAAGGUAUAGUAGCACAACUCACUUCCCCUGUUAUUGAUGUGUUUGACAUAUAUAUCCCUUUUCCGUUGGAGAAAUUCGGUGCAGGGGAUGAUAUUGUGUUUCGACAAAAUCUCCUGCUCCCCGUUCAGAAUAUGUGUCAAAGGGUCUUCUGUGGUUGGAUUCGAAGCAUUUUCGAAAGACGUGUGAAGGUGAUUAAGGUACGCUUUGAGGAGACUGAUGAGUGGUUUGGUGUUUUUUUGCAUCUUCAUGUUCCUGAAUGUAAAUCAUUGGAAGAGAUUUAUAUCGAAAAGUGGUGUGAUGGUCAAUUGUUUCUUCAUGAAUUGGAUGAAGUAGAACUUUGUCUUCCUAAUUUGAAAAAGAUUGAUGUCUCUAUGCAAUCUUUUCGAUUAGAUUUUUUGUCUCGCUUAAUCAGAUUUAGCCCAUUGUUGGAAUAUCUGAAGUUAGAGGGAAGGCCGCUGGAGUAUAUGGUAGAUGAUAUUCUCUUGCAGAUAAUAUCUCCGAAUUUGAAGAGGCUAUCCAUACAGAGAGAUAGUUGCUUUAUGCCUAUUCAGGUUGUGAUAGAUGCACCAAAACUCGAGUUCAUUUGUUUGCAGGACUAUAAUCAUUUGUCAAAAUAUAGUUUUGUGAAGAAGACGCCAACAACUUUGGGUGGUGCAAUUAUUUACCGAGGACUUUCCCCCGAUCAAUAUCUACAGGAAACGAACGAAUUGGAAUUCCUUAAGUCCAUGUCUAAUACUUUGAGAAGCCUUACUAUAUCUGGUACCAUAGUAGGCAUUCUCGCUAAUUUGAUUCAUAGUAGUCAGCCUAGUCUUCCCGUAUUUCAACAGCUUACUCAUUUUAAUGUGGCUAUCAUGUAUCGGAAUCACUGGAAAGGCUUUGUACAUCUUCUUCAAUACUUGCCUAAUGUACGGAUACUGCGUGUAUAUCAAAGAGAAGAUCAAGAUGUAGACAUCAACGACAUGUUAGGCAUUGGACUGGAUUUUGUUCCUGCUUCAAUAUCGACAAAGAUCACAAGGAUUGUGUUGAAGAAUAUCGAGGGAAAAGCAAUUGAGAUAGAUGUCAUAAGAUACCUGCUGAAAGUUUCAAAUGUUUUGAAGGCCAUUGAGAUUAUAAUUGCACCUAACAAUAUUCAGUCUAAAGAAGUUCAAACUUGCAGGGAACUGGAACUCUGCGGCGAGUUCUAUAAUCUUCCUAGGAGUUCUUCAGAUUGUCAGAUUAAGUUUACUGGCAACUAUGUUAAUGUGUCAACCAAGGGACUGACAAUUGGAGCACUUGAUUGUGGUAUUCUGCGCUGCACUCGAGAUUAA